AGAAGUGUUGAGAGGAGCAGCAGCAGCAGCAGCUCAGGAGCCGAGCGAGGAGGACGUGUGUGUGUGUUUUCAUUUACUGUUAUUAUCUACAGAGGAGCGCAGCUGGAACAAAGUCAAAGUCCUGCGACCAGCCUGAGAGCAGAAAUCCUGGAAAAUGAGGCUCUCAGGCUGCACUAAGCCUGUAUGACGGGCUGAGAGGCUCUUUGACUCAGGACUUCAGCCCAGUCUGUCUCUCUUUCAGCAGCCUGGACUCACAAAAGGGAAUCAGAAAGAAAAAAAAUAGGAGGAAGGAACCAAAAAAAAAAAAGCGCUCCUUUCACUUUGAAAAGCCUAACAGGAAAUCCCAGGAUCCACACGAUGGAGGAGGGAUACGAACUCGACCUCACGUACAUCACGGAGCGGAUCAUAGCCGUGUCCUUCCCCCGGGGCUGCUCGGAGGAGAUCUACUCGCACAACCUGAAGGACGUCACGCGAAUGCUCAAGUCCAAGCAUGCGGAUAAUUACCUGAUUAUCAACCUGUCGGAGAGAAGACACGAUCUCUCCAGAAUGAACCCAAAGACCCUGGAUACAGGCUGGCCCGACCUGCACGCUCCACCUCUGGAUAAGAUCUGCACCAUCUGUAAGGCCAUGGAGAGCUGGCUCAACGCUGACCCUCUACAUGUGGUGGUUAUACACUGCAGGGGAGGCAAGGGUCGGAUUGGUGUCGUCAUUUCAUCCUUUGUGCACUUCACCGACGUGUCGGCCAGUGCUGAUCAGGCGUUGGACCGCUUCGCCAUGAGGAAAUACUACGAUGAUAAGGUCUCAGCUCUGAUGACACCUUCGCAGAAGCGGUACGUCUGGAUCCUCAACAGUUUACUGAGUGGAUCCAUGAAGAUUAAUGCCUCCCCCUUGUUCCUGCACUGUGUCAUCCUUCAUGGGAUACCGAACUUCGACGCCACAAGAGUGUGCCGUCCCUACAUCAAGGUCUACCAGGGAAUGCAAGCAGUGUAUUCGUCUGGAGUCUAUCACAUUGGUCCAGGCCACAGAGACCGAGUGUGCAUCAGCCUGGAGCCCGCCCAGCUCCUGAAGGGGGACAUCAUGAUUAAAUGCUACCACAAAAGUGACGUAAUCGCAGAGCGUGAAGUUAUUUUCCGGCUGCAGUUCCACACGGGAGCAGUGCAGGGUUACAACCUGAUGUUUGAAAAAGAGGACAUGGAGACUGCCAACAAAGAUUCCAGAUUUCCAGAUUAUGGGAAAGUGGAGCUGGUGUUCUCCGAGGGACCAGAGAAGAUCCCAGGUGCUGACAGGUGGCAGAACGGAGCAGAUGUUAUCGUGGACUACAACACCGCGGAUCCUCUGACCCGCUGGGACUCGUACCAGAACAUCUGCGACGGUGAAGCGCCACGCUCUCAAGGCCUAAGCCAGGACAAAGCGGCUAACAAGAGGAGCCCCAACGGAGGAGAGGCCACGCUGGGCCGAGGGGCUCGCACCACCUCCGCCACCUCUAGCCCCGACCACAGCGACCACGCCCUCUCCGUCAGCAGCGACUCAGGCCUGUCCAGCACCUCCCUGUGGGCGGACAGACCCACACCUGUGACCACCACCACCACCACCACCGCCAACACCGCUGCUACCGCCGUAAAGGCCAACCAGGGACCCAGCCAGAAGGAAAAGGUGCAGCUGAAGCGCCUCCUCAGUGGUUUCGGCCUCGAGGAUCCAUCACCGGAGGAGAUGGAUGAUCAGGGCCCUCGGGUGGGCAUCCAGCAGACAGUCCCAGCACAGGUGCACAUCAACGGAGACCCACAACCCCGAGAGAGGGAAACGGACAUCCUCGAUGAUGAGGUCAUUACAGGUCACGAUCUGCACAGCGUGGACAGCUUAGGGACCUUAUCGUCCUCGUGCCACAAGAGCAGUCAAAACUCCCUGCUGUCAGACGGCUUCGGGAGUCCUGCAGGAGAGGAGCAGCAAAGCCAAAGCCAGCAUCACCUCCACCACGCUGCACCUCCUCCCAUGGAGGAGUAUGAGAGGUCCUACGCUGAGGCCAGAAGGGGCUGUCUGAGCUCCAGGAGCAACUCAGUGGCCUCCUCUAAUCCCAGCAGCGCUCCUGUGCCCAAGCAGCACGUCUACCGACAGGGGAGCUACUCCACUCAGUCGUGGGUUCGCCAGCAGCAGAUGGUUGCGGCACAGCAGUUCGUCUACAUGCCCGAGGACGGAAACGACACAGAGAGGUAUCCCGGGAGCAAACAGGGGAGCAGUUUACCCAAAGCAGGCCUGCCCAUGGAGCCUCAGGGCCCUUCAAGGGACACGACGGCGCCCCACAAAGAACAGGCGACGAUAAACAACAACAACAACAACAAACGGGACGAGGAGUUCAAAUCCCUAACCAUGGACAUCGACAACUCCAUCGACCAGCUCAAUCAGCUGAUCAUGGACCUGGACCCCACGUUCGUGCCGGUGUCGAGCCACAGCGGCUCCAUCAAGAGGAACGGCAGCGCACACGUCAACGGCUCGGCGGGCAAAUGCUCGAACGGCAUCGAUCUCAGAUUCAACAAUAAUAACGCGGCAACCCUGAAAAACACGCAGCAGACAGCUGUCCAGUCCGGUGAGGUGCGAGCAGGCGUCACCAGGAAUCUAAGCUGCCAGAGGAGGGACGUGACGGAUCAUCCAGGCUUCUGUAACUCAGGCUGGGGUGAGACUGAGGAGUACCGGGGCCAGGGCACGUAUUCCCCCUGCGUGCCACAGUCACAGCUGCAGCAUUCCAUGUUGUACCGGAGCGACAGCGCCGAUUUCAGAGCGCAGGGCCCGGAUGUGGACAGUGGAGUGGAGGCCGGCAGCGACAUGACUCCACCCACUCCCGCCUUCCCCAUCUCCCCUCCAACACCUUACGUGAAAAAUAUGUCAGAAUUUACUCACCUGAGGCAAACCUCGCCUCCCAGCGCGCAGUCCUUCGGAGGCUACAGGACAGACCAUGAACCCCGGGGAUAUCCAGAGAUCAGUCAUGUUGGAGUGGAGAGUUUGCCAGAUUCCUCCAUCAACUGCCACAGGACGCUAAGUUCUUCACACUCUGCAUCUAUUGUUGGGACCAUUCAGCAGACAGACAGCUCAUCCGUGAGCCAGUCCUGGCCAGAGCACCCGGCCCUGACCCGCCACUCCUCUCUGAGCAGCUACCCGUCUGCCAGGCCGCCGGCGCACCACGCUAUGUCACUGGACUACGGCCACCACUCUCCACCCCUGCACCACCCCCACAUCCACCCGGCCCCCAAUGCCCACAGCUCCCCUCGAAGCAGCCAGCGAAGCCGCAUGGCUUGCUACGCUCGCAACCGCAGUCCCGCUCAAAGCUUUGACGAGCAGGAUGACUCCGGCCUCGGCUACGGCACAGACUGUCCAAGCAUGGGUAUUGACAGGGAUCUUUUAAGCUCCAUGGAUGGGCAGAAUCAGUUGCAGACGCCCCAGAUCCAACCCCCACUUCUGCCUGAGAAGAAGAGGGCGUCAGAUGGGGACCAUUCGCUGGGAACAGCCUCUCCGGCCCUCAGCGGCUUCUCCAGUCCCCACAGUGGGAGCUCCCUGAGCAUUCCUUUCCCCAACGUCUUGCCUGACUUGUCAGCUCAGACACCAGGCACAGCCUCACCUCUGCCAGAUGUGCUGGCCAGCAAGCAGGUUACUGUAAAAUUUGUGCAGGACACAUCCAAAUUCUGGUACAAGCCAGAUAUCUCAAGGGAUCAAGCUAUUUCAGUCUUGAAGGACAAGGAGCCCGGCUGCUUCAUUGUGCGAGACAGCCACUCCUUCAGAGGGGCUUACGGUCUGGCUAUGAAGGUGGCUACACCGCCUCCGUCAGUUCUCCAGCAGAGCAAAAAAGGAGGAGAUCUAUCCAAUGAGUUAGUGCGCCACUUCCUGAUCGAGUGCACACAGAAAGGAGUGCGGCUGAAGGGUUGCCCCAAUGAGCCUUAUUUUGGAAGCUUAACUGCGUUGGUCUGCCAGCAUUCAAUCACUCCCUUGGCUCUGCCUUGUAAACUCAUUAUACCUGACAGAGAUCCCCUUGAAGAUGUUGUGGAGAAUACCUCGCAAUCAGUCACUAACUCCGCUGCUGAGCUGCUGAAACAGGGCGCAGCCUGCAACGUGUGGUACCUGGGCUCCGUGGAGAUGGAGUCGCUGACGGGCGUCCAGGCCGUGCAGAAGGCCACCGGCAUGACCCUGAACGCCAACCCUCCGCCCACCUCCACCGUGGUCCACUUCAAAGUUUCUUCUCAGGGAAUCACCCUCACCGACAACCAGAGGAAGCUCUUUUUCAGGAGGCAUUACAACGUCAACACAGUAAUAUUUUGUGCUCUGGAUCCUCAAGAUAGAAAGUGGAAAAAAGAUGGCUGCCCACCAGCAAAAAUCUUUGGCUUUGUGGCGAGGAAAACUGGCACUUCCAUGGACAACAUAUGUCACCUGUUUGCGGAGCACGACCCCGAGCAGCCGGCGAGCGCUAUCGUCAACUUUGUGUCCAAGGUGAUGAUUGGCUCGCACAAGAGUAAGUAGGACAGAGCCGGUCGGCCCGGACGGAGGUUUGCUAAGAGUAGAAACGACGAACUGAGCAAAGGACUAAAUGUAAGGACUGAAGAUGGCGAUGGCCUGGAUAUAAACCCUGGAUAUUAACUGGAUGUUACACACACAUGCAUAAUGAGCACCGGGAUGUUCAGUGACGUCUUUUAACAGAAAACUAUAAAUUCCUUUCUAUUCUGUCAGUAUACUUUCCACUGUAAGUACUGUAAAUUAGACAAGUAAGACAAAAAAAAACACUCAUACGAAAUGUGGUUUCUACUGGUUUACAACUGUACUGUCUCAUUCAGUUCGAUAUAAUCAUCAUCAACAUAACACAAAGGCUGCUUUUCUUAUCCACACAUAGCAUUUUAUGGACAAAUCAAGAAAAACCCUAUGUUGUUGCAUGUAAUGUUUUUAUUUUUUUUGUCUAAUAUUUUACCAAAACAAACUUCUUUUAAGCUAUUAACAAAGUCAAGUUGCAGAAGCACCUCUCUGCUGCGUGAGGAGUUAAUGACGUGCUAAAGCAGCACACAUGCAUAAUCUGGACUUUGGUAGCGGCUACAUCGCAUACAGAGUUAUGUUAUUUUAAUCUAUGCAAUGUCAAAUGUUUUAUUUUUUUAAAACCGAGGCCUUUCUGUACAUGUGUACGUGGCUCCUUUGAACCUCUUUGAGUAUGACCACUCGGGAAGCUGUCGGCGAUGUUUUAAUGAGCGUGCGUGCGUGAGUUGAAAUGAGAGAAAUCGUAGAAGAAUAUUUUAAUUAAACCCUAAUAUAUACACUGACUGGACACAGUUGGUUCAAACACAUCAGUACUUUGUGUAGGUAGAAGUCGGAGCUGCCAUUUUUUAUUUUUUUUGGUCCUCUUUUUAUCGGACCCACAGCUUCUAAACUUGAUGCAGCCUUUCAGUAUCAGUAAUAAGUUUUCACAUUUAAAUAUUUUAAAACACACACACAGGCUGCUAUAUUAAUAAAACAAAAUGCCCUCAUUGAGAAAGAAAACCUAGAACAAAGAAAGAGCUCAGUGCUGGAACUGCUCCAGUCAGAUCUGACACGCUCUGCCAGUCAUCUGUCAAUGACGUAUACAAUCCACUUCCUCUGGGAAACGAAGAUAAAGCCGUUCAUUUCCCCAGCGGAUUGUUUGUUUGCUUUGUAUAUGAGAUGAUGAUCAUAGAUUCCUUUUUGUGUGUCUGUGAGAGUGUGUGUGAGUGAGUGUUGGGUAAUCAUUUUAUCCACAGAGGGACUUAAAACCACAACAAAGCUGUUGGUGUUCUCGCAUUAAUUAUGUACACACUCGUUAUCAUUUCCGUGACUUAUUAUCUGUAUCUCAUGCGUAUCUCUUCCAAUACUGUGCCUACAUGUGAACGGUUCAUUUGUGUAUUGAUGCUGCAUUGUUUGAUGUGUUCUGUAAAUAAACGAAAUGAAACAUUUAUUUAACGUUA